CCGGCACUCUUCCUCUUUCACUGGACGCCGGCGGGGUCGGAGUGCCUGGGCUUCACAGCGCGGUAACCCGAAAAAUAACAUCAUGCCGUUCGAUCCGAAGUCAUUCAUGCAGGACUUCAUUGCAGGCGGCGUUGCCGCUGCAAUUUCCAAAACAGCAGUGGCCCCGAUUGAACGGGUAAAGCUGCUGCUGCAGGUCCAGCACACGUCCAAGCAGCUCACUGAGGCUCAGCGCUACAAGGGAAUCAUUGAUUGCUUCAUACGCAUCCCCAAAGAACAGGGAUUCCUGAGCUUCUGGCGUGGCAACUUGGCCAACGUCAUCCGUUACUUCCCCACCCAGGCGCUCAACUUUGCCUUCAAGGACAAGUACAAGCAGAUCUUCUUGGGUGGCGUGGACAAGAACACUCAGUUCUUCCGCUACUUCCUCGGAAACCUGGCCUCUGGCGGCGCUGCCGGAGCUACUUCGCUCUGCUUCGUCUACCCGCUGGACUUCGCCCGUACCCGGCUGGCCGCCGACGUCGGCAAGGGUGGCGCCCGCGAGUUCACCGGCCUGAGUGACUGCCUGGUCAAGACCUUCAAGUCCGAUGGCAUGCUGGGCCUGUACCGCGGCUUCGGCGUCUCUGUGCAGGGCAUCAUCAUCUACCGCGCCUCGUACUUCGGCUUCUUUGACACCGCCAAGGGCAUGCUGCCCGACCCCAAGAACACCCCGAUCAUCAUCUCGUGGGCCAUUGCCCAGACGGUGACCACCGGCGCCGGCAUCAUCUCGUAUCCGUUCGACACCGUGCGGAGGCGCAUGAUGAUGCAGUCCGGCCGCAAGGGCGCCGACAUCAUGUACAAGAACACCCUCGACUGCUGGCGCAAGGUGGCCGCGCAGGAGGGCAGCAAGGCCUUCUUCAAGGGCGCCCUCUCCAACAUCUUCCGCGGCACUGGUGGUGCCCUGGUCCUGGUGCUCUACGACGAGCUGAAGGUGUUGAUGUUCGGCUAAUGCCAACGUAGCCCUCUAGUUUGAAUGAUAGGGACCGGCGAGGUCUCGCUCAUGGCCCCUGCGGGGCGUCUCCAAUGUUAACCCGCGGCGGGGCGGGCGGCCGGGCCUGGUAUUCCAGUAUCCCAGGCCUGGCGGCUGUCCGUGACGCCCGGUCUGCGGCCGCUGCGUCCCAGACGUUUGUGAAUCGUGUACAUGUAUACAGGCGGGAAAUACAUGGAGCCGUUUGCUGCUUCACCUAGGAGACGUGGAGUUUGGCGCCCUCGGCGAGGGGCGCGGGUGUGACCACUUGCGGCGACGGUGGAUAUUUUUUGAAUCUUGGUACCUUUUAGUGAGAGACUCCCCGCGUUGCGCAUACUCUCUUAAUUCGUUCGUUUUUAUGGAUUUGACAUACUCGAUUUGGUAACACGAAUGCUGGGGACUGGAUACUGUGAGCGUGAAUAAACUAGCUGGAUCAGU